AUGGGUGGGGCGCUCAUGCAUGUGCAACAAACGCCCGCAUACACUCCAAUAUCUGCUGUUGCCCAACUACACGGAAGUUCCGUGAGGCAACGACAGGCUUUCCGCAUCUCUGUCACACCGCAGCUUCCUCACCAACUCGCCGUUCCAGUGCCGGCUAUUAGAGAAAUCAUGGCCCAGAAUGUCUAUGAUAAUCAAGAUUUCUUUAAAGAAUACAUCCAGCUACCUCGUCAAGUUCGGGGCCUUGAAGGGACCCCGGAGUGGCAAGACCUGCGAGCUCUGAUCCCAAAUCCCAAAGGCACAAACUUCCUUGACCUAGGAUGUGGAUUUGGCUGGGUAUGCCGAUGGGCUCGAGAGGAAGGCGCUGGUUCAGUCUUAGGUGUUGAUGUGUCUGAGAAGAUGCUUUCGAAGGCAGCUGGCUUCCCCACAGAUCCUCGUGUGACUUAUGCUCAGGCUGAUCUAGAAACCUACGAAUUGCCCAUCAACAAAUUCGAUAUAGUUUUCAGCUCGCUGACUUUCCACUAUCUGAAGAAGUUUCCCGAUUUGGUGUCUAGGAUACAUCAAUCGCUGAAACCUGGUGGAACGCUGGUAUUUUCUGUCGAGCAUCCCAUUUUCACCGCCCCCCGAAAUGCCAAAUUCGUGAAGGAUUCUGAAGGCCAUAAUAUCUGGCCACUAGAUUCAUAUCUGAGCGAAGGUUCUAGGACGACAAACUGGCUUGCAGAAGGAGUCAUAAAACAGCACCGCACGAUCGCGACGUAUAUCACGAUCCUUCUGGAAGUCGGCUUUACUUUGUCGGCUAUUAUUGAAUGGGGACCAAGUCUCGAACAGCUGAAAGAAUCGCCUCAAUGGGCCGAUGAACGGAAGAGACCUCCUUUUCUUCUCAUGAAGGCGACAAAGGGAAUUCUGUGA